AAAUCCUGUUCCUUUAAUGUUUCAAGAAGGCAAUUCAAAUAUAAAGCAACAAAAUGGUUAAAACGCGUAAAAAACAAUUGAUAAAAUCUUCGGCUAAUUAUGUUUCGUUGAAUUCAGCGUAUCGGCUGCGCAAUAAGGAAACUGUACCCACGAAAAUUCGGCGUCCCGACUUUGACGCCUCAAAUGCCACGCUUUGCAAGAGAAAAUGCGUUGUACUUCUCAAGCGAAGCAAACUCCCAGUAAACAAACCUAUGUCCACAUCAUUUCAAACAAAUGAUAAUGCUCUUAGCAGUGAGAAUUUCAAAAAUGUUGCACGGCCCAGAGAGCCCUCACCAGUGAUGGAAAGCGCCCUUGAUGUAAGUGCGUUUGAACCACCACGAAAUUCCACAAUGCGAUACACAUCGCAUUCAUCACCGCCUAAAGUGUGUUUUCAAACGAAAAAUAAUGUCAACGGACCACCAGCAGGUAAAUUUAUAUCUCCCCGCCGGGCAGGCAUCAAGCAACUAAGCCUGAAGCAAACCGGAGUCAAAUCCUCCAAUCCACCAGCAGGUAAAUUGGUAUCGCCCUGCCGGGUGCUGAUGAAGCGACUAAGUCCCAAACCAUCGGCACCAAAUGCAUCCAGCCAGUCCAAGGAUACAUUUAAAUCCCCUUGUCAAGUACGCAUAAAGCGCCUGGCGGCAGCCAUUCCAAAAAAUACAAGUGAUAUGAAGGAAUCCACGGACGAGGCUGUAGGACCAGAAAAGAGGCAUCGUUUUUUCCACAGGGAUGCGGCUCCUGCGCGUCGACAGUCCUCAAUAAAACGCAAUCUGUACGAAUAUUUGUCGCAGUCACAAACUACAGACUCUGAUACUGAAAAACGUGCCGAUCCCACGGCAGAUAUUAUAAAAAAGAUGGUAGACGAGGGCAGAGCGGUAAUGGUCACACGUUUGAAGACAACCGGUCGAUUUCGAGCCAAAGCCAUUAAGAAGAAAAUACGCCCUGUGGGCAAACGCAAGCAAUGCUCUCUACAAAGUUUGGCUGAGGAAGUUCCCGCCGCCGAUAACCAAGCGGAAGCAGUUCAGUUGGACAUCGCUGAGAAGGAACGUCCCAUAUCCCCAAUAUAUGAACCGGAUGAAAAUGCCAUGAGUGAUGAUGAUGAACCUUCAGAGUCUGUGCAAGUAACUGCACAGAUACACGGCAGACCCCAAAACCCGAACCAAAAUGUGAAAACGACGACAUUAAACAACUUGCAACGUUCGGUAUUGCUAAAACAGGCCAGCAAACACACGCCAGAUAGCUUAUCGAAGCGUCGCAAACUGUUAGAAGUAGCUCGAAAAUUUAUAAGCACGCCCGUGAAUCGAAAAAAUGCCACAGGCAUGAAUACGUCAGCAAUAUCGCCAAUUAUGCCAUCAUCAGGCGGCAAACGUCAAACUCCAGCCUCAUCUGGAAACGUGUCGCCGUGGCGUGUGUCCGACGAGGCGCCAUUACCCAAUACAUUCGUCUUUGGGCGCAAUAGCUCUCUGUUGCCUUCCUAUUCCAGUGAUUAUAUUCGUCGUCGGAACGUCUAUGUGCCCGAUGAAGAGCCACCGCCGUCAGCUCUCAUGGAAGAGUCAGUAGCGCCGUCAUUAAACGAUAACUCAACAGCCAAUGAUUCUAAUGGUGAAAACAUUCCUCCUGCGUCUCCUCAUCGAGUCAUGCAUAAAAGUCCAAAUGCAAGGCAGAAAAGUUUUGCAACUCCAUCGACGCCAACCGCAGUCAGCGGCCAAGAAAAUGAAAGCUCUGAAAAUUUUGUACACUUUCCGAAUCCUCGACGCACGCUUCAGCAUCGCAGUCCCCUUAAAGACAUUAAUAUAUUGGAUGUGGUUGUGUUGCCUUCGUGGAAGAAAAAUGCGGCAGUGCCGCCAGAAAAGACACCUGUAAAGCAAACAACAAAAGUUGCCGAACAAUUUUCGAGCAGGCGGAAAAGUGAAAGUCUAUUUGGCUUUGAGGAUACUCUCAAUGACACCGAAAAUAGACCUGAAAGUGCCAGCAGACAACAACAGAAUCAGUCUCUCAACCUCUUCGGCUUUGAAGAGUUUUUAAACGAGAGCGAGGAGCAGCAAAUUACUAUAAAUCCGAAUACCAAUAAAAAUAUUACGUUGCACGAUAAACUGCAGCGUAUUGGGUGCCUGCGACCAAAGGAACAGGAGCUGCCACAAGUAUCGAAAGCGCCUAUGCGUUAUGCAUACGAUGAUCCUGAAUUUCGUGCACCCAAACAACGCAAUAUCAAGGACAUGCUUUGCUCCACUAUGAUUGCAACGCCUCUAAAGACUCCAGCAAAUGAGUCUGCAAAUUUAUUCGGAGACCCAGAAGAAACAUUCGAUACAAAGAAACCUCGACGAACAUAUGUGAAGGAGAAGCCCAAACGGAAACGCAAACAACGUGUACAACUUUUUCCAGACACUGACUCAUCCGAGGAUGACGAGCAGGACUCGCACGAAUCUCCCCAGAAACAGCAGGCGAAAAAACGGGCCUGCUCGCGCAAAGAUACGGAGCAUAUGGCUAAAUUAGAAGAGUUCAUUACAAGCUUCAACAAAGAGUGCGAGGAGGUGGAAAAGUUUCAGCUCAUUAUUGAAUAAAAUAAAAAGAUAUCAUCACAUAGUUAGGGAAAAUGUGUGUAUAAUAGUAAGUAAACAAUGACAUUAUAGAAUUCAUUUAAGCAAAUAAGUUAAUAUUCUGUUGAUUUUUUUUAAUUUCAUCGUUUUAUGUUUAUAUAUUCACAAGUAUCGAAAUACGUAUUUUAUUUUAUUUU